GGCAGCAGCAGCCCUCUCCUCUCCUCCGCCUGUCCAUCCAUCCGUUCACCGGUCUACCAACGUGUGUGUGUGUGUGUGUGUGUGUGUGUACGUGUGUGUGUGUGUGUGGACUGGAGCGUCAUUCUCCUCCUUUCUUCCUUUCAGUGAACGCGCAUCACUUGUGAAAAACGGCGCUUGAGACCCAGAAGUUUCUUGUCUGCGGGCUCGGCUCGACUCGCUCUCCGGUGAUUUUCUCCCGUUGCUCCCCGGUUUCAUUUUUAUCCUCAUCCUCACUUUCUUUCCCCCCCCUUCUUCUUCUUCGGCUUCUUCGAGGAUUCAGUCGGGGUGUGCUGGCUAACACUGGGCGUAGCUGGAGAGGAUUUUUCCGCACUGACUGACCAGACUGCUUUCUCCAGAAAGCCUCCAGACCUUCGGCCAUCCUGUGAGAUUUAAGUCAACAAGACAGGCCCACUAGCAUUCAAGGGGAGAUGAAGCCGGAUGGGGUUGCCACGGCGGCACUGGAGCCAAUGGAAACAUUGGAAUCCAAUCCAGUAAAUGAGGCAGCACCAGGCGCGGGACAGGAGCCCAACCAGGCAGCCAGCCCAGCGGAGGAGGAGAUGGCACAGCAGCCCGCAGCAGAGACGGACCAGGUGGAACCCAAGCCAGAAAAGGCCAAGGAGACCCCAGCUGCUAAGACCAGCAACAAGACCUCAGGAGACGCCAAAGGCAAGACCACCAACAAGGCCACGGCCAAGACAAAACCCGGAACAGCCGCGCCGGCCAAGACCACAAUUGGCUCGCGGCCCAACACAUCCCAGAGCCGCCUCUCAAACGGCGUGUCCAAGCCCCAGACCAACGGUGUGGCGAAGAAAACCGCAACUGCCGCGGACAAAAAGAGUACCACGACCUCAGCGCCCAUCAAAAAACCAACAGGGACAACCGGAGCCCUAGCCUCCAGGACCGUCGCUAAAGUCGGUGAGAAGAAACCCGCUUCCCCUGCCACCAACGGCAAAUCAGCGAGCGGAACCGCAGCAACCAAGAGGACAUCAUCCACAACAGCUACAACAACAACUGCAGCUGCUAAAAAGCCCCCAGCUUCCAAACCUGCCUCUUCAACUCCCACCAAACCCAGCUCCACUGCCUCACCCAAGCCCCCGGUUUCCAAGACAACCAGGCCUGCAGCUGGCACAGCAGCAACAUCCCGUCCUGCCACAGGCUCAACCCGGCCACCCACUGCCAGUUCAACAACCAAGAGCUCCACAGCUACAGCCAAACCUGCCACCCCUAAAACCCCCAUAACCAAGUCUGCUGCCUCCAAACCAACCUCUACAACCCCCUCUGGUGGCAAACCUCCAGCAUCACUAACAUCCAGAAACACCACUCCUGUUAAAAAAGAUGUUACCAAACCGGCCACCAAAAAGCCUACAGAGUCUCCUCUUACCCGCCCAUCCUCUACAACAAAGUCAGCAAAACCUGAGACCCCCAAAUCAGCUUCAAAGUCAGAUGUCACAGCCAAAAAGCCUACUGCUACUAAGGCUGCAGACACAAAGACACCCAGCCGCCCCAAAGAGAGUAAGCCCACACCUUCCAAGCCUGCCUCCAAAACGGCUGCAAACAAGAACGCCAGCCCCAAGAAAACUGUGGGCAGCAGCACUCCGACUCCUGUCAAACGUGGGCCUAAAGCUGCAACGCUCGUUGAACCUGAAAAGGGAAUUGCCGCUGCUGUAGCUGCUGCUGCAGCUAUUGCUACUGUGGCAGCCACAAUUGCCAGGCCAGACGAGCCAGAACCUCCUGUAGAAGCAGCAGUGGAACCAUCUGCUGCAGAACAACUGUCCAGCCAGACUGAACCAACUCUUCUAGCAGAAAAAACUCCAGAGCCCACCCCAGAACCAGUCCCUGCACCUGUAUUAGAAUCACUGCGAGAACCAACACCAGAACCCGUGCGAGAACCAACACCAGAACCCCUGCGAGAACCAACACCAGAACCCCUGCGAGAACCAACACCCGAACCUAUCAGAGAACCAACACCCGAACCUGUUCGAGAACCAACACCCGAACCUAUGCGGGUACCAACACCCGAACCCGUACGAGAACCAACACCCGAACCCAUGAGAGAACCAACACCAGAACCCAUGAGAGAACCAACACCAGAACCCAUGAGAGAACCAACACCAGAACCUGUACGAGAACCAACACCAGACCAAGAACGCGAUGCAUCUCCAGAGCCCCUUGAAGAACCACUGUCUCAACAAUCAGAAGAGCUAGAACUAGGAGCUGGACCAGUCCAUGAAUCCCUCUCCAAUGUUCAGCUGUCAGCGCAGCUGGACCUUUACAACUUUGAUCAGUCUGCCAGCGACACAGGUCCUUCCCUGGGAACCACCGUCAUGUCUCCUCCCUGUUCCCCACCUGGCCCCGUCUCUCCUGUCAGAGAGCCACAGAAUGCCUCCUCUCUGCUGGACAUGCAGUUCCAGUCUGAUCCCUGGGACAGGAACCAGCCUCUAGCUUCGUCUGGCUUUGCCCCCCAGAGCCCCAUCAGUAUGCUGGGCUUCCAGACAGAAGAGGAAAAGGAGAAUAAAGAACAGGUUGAGGCACAGCAGACAAGGGAGGAGGAAGAGGAGGAGGAGGAAGAUGAGAAGGAGAACCUGUUUAUGCCUAGUCCCAAAGCUCCAUCCACAGAGGCCUUCAGUAUGAUUGCACAGCCUCACUUGUUGGGUACUUCACCCAUGGAUGACUUCACCUCCAGGGACAUGUUCUCCCCUCACGAGAAGGAGGAGGCAGUGGAAAAGGCUGAUGAGGAGAUCAAUGAGGAUGUUGAUGAGGAUGAAGAUUAUGAAGAUGAGGAACAGAGGAGACUAGGCCAUCAGCCUUCAUCCAUUUCCACGGACAUGAGCACAUCUCAGCCCUCUGAGGAGUUCCAGGUCCGGUCCUCCGCCUUCGGUGGUUCAGGUGGCUGGCACGGUGACGACUUGCUGUCUGGAAUGGACUCUGAGGAUGUGAGCAGCUGCACCAGCAGUCGGCAGCAGGGGGUUUCUGACCUCAGCAGCACCCAGCACACUGCGAUACUGGAAGGCACCCAGAGCUCAGACGCCCUGGUCGACUCAAGCCUCCGCGGCUCUGAGGGCGAUUGUAAUCUCAUGGGUUCUCCCAACGUGGAAACCCUGGCCAACGAAGAAGAGGAAGACGAGGAUGAAGAGGACGAGCGGGUGGAUGAUAUGGACUUGAGUUCGGAGAGGGUAGAGGAGCAUCACAAGGUGUUCCAGCAGCAGCAACAUGAUGAGGAAGAGGAGGAUGAAGAUGUAGAGAUGCACAGUGAAGGAGUAACAGAGAGCUGUGGAAACGUAGAUGAAGAUGAUUUCAAUGAGGAGGAGCGUUUAGACAACCUCAAUCGCUCUGCUCCUCCACCUUGUGUCCCCCCCGCCUCUUCCUGGGGCCAGAGCAACCCCUUUGCCGAUCCCUGGGCUCAGCCAGCCUCACUGCUCUCCGCCUCCUCCCCAAGCCCCGUCUCUGACCACGGCGCAGCUGAAUCCGAAACUCCAACCCAGUGUCCUGCCCAGCCGUGUUGGGACAGCAGCGCCCCCUCGCUGGCUCCUCAGUCAGACCAGGAGCACCAGCAGCAUCCAUCGUCCCACGAGCAGAUGAUGAGCUCGGCCCCUGAGGAGGCCCAUGGGCUACUUCCUCCUGCGGCUGUAGGCAUGUCCCAGUCCAGCACCCUGAGUGGCACGGCUCUGGCUCCCCACAGCAGUAGUGAGACAAGUACACCAGAGGAGCUGCGUGACUACGACAGCAGCUCUGGGGUGGAGUCCCACUCUGACAAACAGCAGACCCCAGUGCCGGCUUCAGUCCAACCCGACAUGGAGCAGGAUCUUGGUAUUCACUUGGAGAAAGGCGAUGGCGAAGAAGAAGAGGCUGAGACUCUCCCAGCUGACGAGGUCCUGGGAACAGGACCUCCAACUGCUCCAGCAUCCGUCCCGUCAUCCCCCACCACCUCCGGAGACGAGGCCAGCGACACAGAGGGCGAGAUGCAGAUAAACGACCCCGACGCACCGAUGAUGAUGGACGAGAGUGCCGGAUUUGAAAGCCCUACUCCCACUUGCAACUUGCCUGCUCUUGAUGAGGAUGAGGAAGCAGGAGACAUGCCAGCUGGAGAGGGCGAAGAGGACGGAGGUGGGGCCACCCCUCAGUCAGCCAACUCCGUGGCAUCCUACGGCUUCGACUGCACCACGUCCAACUCCAAUGCGCACUCCAUGGCCGAGAGCUGCGGAAAGAGCCCAGGAAUCUUCUCCCUGGAGAACGAGGAACAGCUGCCAGAGGAGGCCAAGGACCCCUCCCUCAUCAAGGAGCUGACCCUGCCAUCAGCUGCUGCCGCUGCCCGGGCAGAAGACCUGCUGGGUAGACCCGUGGACCUGAUGCCUUUGGGAGAGCCCAGUCUAGACGACCACCACUACAUGCUGGGGGGAAAAUUCGCAGCUGACCAACUGGAGGAGGUUGAUCCUUUGGAGCCCAGCCACCUCCUCGGGUCCCAGGAAACUGGAGACACCGGCGACCAGCCCCCCUACUACUCUACCAUAUGUGAUAAGACUGAUAGUUUUCUGGCAGGUAACGUAUAAGUCCCUCCUAUUACCCCCCCCCCCGGAAUGCACCUUUUCCCCGCAACCUUCCCCCUUUACCUGUUGUUCGUUUUCUCUCCAGUUGGGUUAGAUGGCUUAGAAGAAAAAAAGGAGAGCAAGAUUGUAGGAAAAGAUUUUAAAAAAUGAACAAAGGAGAUGGAGAAAAAAAUGACUGUAGCAAUUUUUAAAUGAAGCCUCCCUCUUUCAUACUGUUAUGGUCAUGGUUUUGAGUGUAUGGCUUAAACUCCUUUAUGUACAAUAGCUACUACCAUUUUCUAGUAGAAUGUUCUUUUUAAGUAACACUGCAUAUUCUGUAGCCCCUGAUGGGGUAUUGACUGAUUGGUCCAAUGUGACUGAGCUUUUAAACCGAAAAAAAAAGAACAAAAAAAAAACACAGAUGGAAUGAAAUGGACUCAUUGUGUAUUUAUCCUACUGUUUUUACCGAUCAAAUGUCAAUGAUUUUUGUUUUGUAUUUGCUUAUUUGUUGUUUUAUUUUUUCGUUUGUUUUUUCUGUUGAAACCUGGUCCUCCCUACCUUGUGUACACAUGCUCCAUGUUCAACAGCACCAUAGCGAUAGUCACAUGCUCUUUCUUAAAAGUUUGUGUUCUUGUUUUCAAGACUUUUAGCUAUCAAAAUAAAGGCUAGAUAUUAACACGGCUGUUUCAGCCUUACAGAUUUGUUGAGGUAGGUAUGGGAGUGUUAGAUUGCAGUUGGUGAAGUUUUUAAUGUGUGCUUCAAGAGGUUCUACGCUCUUUGCAUAGGUUGUUACGGUAUUAAAGUGCAGUCACGUACAGUAUGUGUUUCAGGCAUUUGGUUUUAAGUGGCUUAAGCUUUCAAGCCUCAGUUAGCUGAUGAUUUGUGUUCCAGAAGAGACUAACAACUAGCCUUUUAUUUGUGAUGAGACCCUGCAUUGUCCUACAUCGCUAUCACAGUUGAGCUUUACACUCGCUCAAACGUUUCAUAGUGGGCGUUUGGUUUACUAUUUCAGCAGUAUAUUGCAUGUUUAACUAACAAGACUGUGUACUACCUGAUGAUACAAUUCUACACUAGACAUGUUCAUAAAUGAAUGGUUCACACUAGGUUAUCUGUCAAAAUUCCAUUAAAACAUCAUUG